AUGGAUCUCCUGAAUAAGGACUACAGUAUCAAUGACAUCCAACUAAAUCCCUUUGCAUUAACUUUCAAGGGCAAAUACCAAACUGGGACAAGAAGGGAAGGCUCUGGGAGUCCAGAUACGGUUGCGAAGUGUAAGGAAAAGGAGUUCCCUCCGCAUUGCAAUCCUUCAAUCCAGGCUGCCCGCCUGAUUCCUGUUUCCGCUCCCAUUGUGGAGCCGAGAGUCAAGAUGCGAGGGCUGAUCUUCGCCUCGCUCGCCCUCUUGCCGCCUUUCUUGGGCCUCUGGGCCUCUGGCGAGCUCCCUCAGAGCGGCCACACUUUGUGUCAGGCGUCCGGGGCCUGCUACAGCAUCCACCUAGGCCGCAUGAACUUUUACCAGGCUCAGAAUGCUUGCGCUCAGCACGGGGGAGGUCUGAGCACGGCCAGCGGCCGCACCGAAAUCGGGGUCAUCCUAGCUCUGCUGAAAGGCCUUGCCAGCGAGACGGGCGGCUCUUUGUUUUGGCUGGGCCUGGUUAAGAAACCCCAGCAGUGCACCCUUCAAGACCUGCCGCUCAGGGGGUUCUCCUGGAUCUCCCCGGGGCUUCACGAGCCGGGGGCGAACGGGACCGCCACGCCGCCCAAUUGGCUCAGAGAACCGAGCAAGUCCUGCACUAUGCAGAGAUGCGCUGGGCUGCAAGUCAGCUUGGGCCAACCGCACCUGAAACCGUGGGGCCUGAAGGACCACGGAUGCACCAAGGCGAGCCCUGGUUAUAUCUGUAAAUACAGCUACGCGGGAACGUGCCCCAUCCUCCACUCUGGGGCGCUGGGAAUGGUCUACAGGCUGCCUUUUCAACUUCAAAGCCCGGCCGCGGAAUUCAGCCCUCCCGGCACCGAGCUUACUAUAGGGUGCCCCGGGCGAGAGGCGCGUUUCACUUGCCGCCUGUCGCCGAACGGCUCCCAUUGGGAAGGCACCGAGCAGGACCUGUGCUCCUGCCCCAGCGGCUACUGGAGUCCGAGCAGCGGAGGCUGCGCGGUAUUUUCGGACUGCUUUAGUGCCCAAGGCGCGUUCCGUUGUUUAUGCGCUUGGAGAUCCCGCUUGGCGGCAGACGAAGAGAGUUGCGUCGCGCCAGCCAGAGAUGGCGCAACGACGGUGAAGCCCGCCGUUUCUACUCCGAGGGCUACGGGAACUUUCCCUGCGAAUAGCACCGCCGGGCCUGGUCAAAAUAUAUCGUUUCUGGAAUCAUUUACUACUCCGAUCGACAACAGAACCACCAAGCAUUUGGCUUCUUCAAACGUCUCCAACUAUAUCUUCAUCCUGAUCACGGUGGUGGUGGUGAUUCUUCUGAUUAUGGUCAUGGCCUCGUUUCAGGUCUUCCAGGCAUGCUUCAAGAACUGCUCUUCCAACGGUUCCCAGCCUACAAAAGAUGGUGUUGCAGUUGUAGAAGGCGAUCCAGAAGCCUCUGGCACCCGCACCAACUCUGAACAUUCCCUGGGACCCAGCAAAGCAGAGUCCAUAGCUUCUCAGGAAGACUUUAAACCAGCCGAAUUGGGACAACUAUAAGGAGGCUGGAAAGAACAUUUGGAGAAGAAAUCUGGUGGGGGACGAAAAGGAGAUAUUCUUUUGAAUACAAUAAAUAUUAGCAAAUGUUUACAGGUUAUAUAUGUAGAAAUAAAAGUUACAUU